AUGAUGCUGUUCGCUUCUACUUCACGUCCGAAACGUCUAGCAUCGCGCCAUGCUGCCGAAAUCGAACCUGGUGGCCGAGUCGGCAAACUACGACGCCCACUCAAAGCCUUUCCUCGUUGCGUCGACCGACAUCCUCGCACGAACCGCGAGUCCUCUUCCAUCGACCCAUCAACGAUAUUCGACUUCCUUCCUGAAGAGUGGUCAGACGACUUCGCCGUGCGGACAGAGAAUGAGAAAAUGCGCGCAUCAGCACCACCUGCACCAGUAAUGGCGAAGACUGUGACUAUAAGCACGAGCUACAUCGAAGAGCAGACUACCGACGAGAAGUCGGCACCCACAACUACCAAUCAACUUGCCACUCCACCCGCGUCAUCAGCCUCACCGAAAAAGACCGGCAGACCCUAA